GGACCGAAUCACGUCUAGUAAGCAAAGCCCGACUUUCCUCCGGUCCCAUUUAUAGAUCUCAUCGAGCACCUGAAUUUACCCCGCAUUCCCCGCAAUAACACACCUUUACUGCUCAGCAUAUCGUACAGGCAAUCACCAUGGUUGAAGGAUACAAGACUCUCACUCCGGAGCAAAUCGACUUUUUUAUGGAAAAUGGAUUCGUCGUAAUUAAGGAUGCAUUCUCGAGGGAGAAGUCGGACGAAUGGACGAAGAAUAUGUGGGUUCGGCUAGGAUGCGAUCCGAAUGACAAGUCAACAUGGCCUACAGACAAAGACCGCAUUCAUAUGCCAUGGCACAACCGAGAAGAUGUGGCAUCGUUUGCUCCCAAGGCUUGGGGGGCCAUGUUAGAUUUGCUCGGUGGCGAGGAACGUAUCUCUGAGAAGAGUGGAUGGUGGGGUGAUUCGUUCAUUGUCAAUUUGGGAUCUGAGGAGCUUGAACGCCAGAAGGAAUCUCUUCAUCCCAAGGACCUUGAUAACUGGCAUGUCGACGGUGACUUCUUUGUUCAUUUUCUUGACUCGCCAGAGCAGGGUUUGCUCGUCAUUCCUAUUUACUCCGAUAUCAAACCGCGUGGCGGUGGCACGUAUAUCUGCCCAGACGGUAUUGACAUGAUUGCCCAGUAUCUUGCUGCCCACCCAGAGGGUGUUCUACCUACGCCUCGUCUCUGCUUUACCCCGUCUACCUCAGCUUAUGCGGAUCCGAAGGACGAUCCCCACUUCUGGUCUCACCCAGACGAAGUCAAAAAGUGUAAUAAGUUUGUCGAAGUCACUGGUGAAGUCGGAGACGUGGUGCUCUUGCAUCCUCUUAUGUUACACUCAGCUUCGAAGAACCAUCUGCGCAUUCCAAGAGUCAUCACGAACCCUCCAGUAGCUUUGAAGGAGCCGUUCAAUUUUAACAGGGAGAAUCCCGAUGAUUAUAGCUUGGUGGAGAAGAAAACGCUUAAAGCCCUCGGUGUGGAUAAACUUGAUUUCCAAAUCAAGACCGAAAGGCGCGAAGUCGUUCCUCUAAGGGUGAAGAUCCAACAGCAGAUGCUGGAAGAAGAGAAGAAGAGGCUCGCUGAAUUAGCGAAGGCAAAUGUUGCUCAGAACGUGAUUACUUCCAAUCCGACCCCCAUCGCUGUGGUUUGAAUUUGAAGGAAGGAUGUCGCAGUCCAGGACAUUGCUUGUAUGCCUGAUUCUAUAUGUAAUGCAAAUGUGUAUAUCCAACGAUACUAGUACCAGUUCGAUUUCUGUAUCGCCACAAUUAUGUUGCGAUCUUGUAUCGAAAUUUGAUCAUGAAUGUAUGGACAGCUUUAGUGGCGCUGU